AUGGCCGUCCCAGUUCCUUCUCGUCAGCUCUUCAUCGCCGGCGAAUGGAGAGAAGCGCUUCUGGAGAAAAGGAUCCCAAUCAUCAACCCCGCCACUGAAGAGAUUGUAGGGGACAUAGCAGCUGCUACUGCUGAAGACGUGGAUAUGGCAGUGGAUGCUGCUCGCACGGCGUUCUUCAGUAAUGAAGGGAAGGAUUGGUCCUCUGCUUCUGGUGCUUAUCGUGCAAAGUUUCUUCGUGCCAUUUCUGACAUGAUUUUGGAGAGAAAGUCUCUACUGGCCAAACUUGAAACAAUCGACACCGGCAAGCCACUAGAUGAAGCAAUAUCUGAUAUGGAAAGUUGUGCUUCUUGCUUCAAGUAUUAUGCAGAGCUUGCAGAAGCAUUGGAUUUGAAGCAAAAAAUUACUGUGCCUAUACAGCAGCCAGCAGUCAUUCAAGACCCAUGUCCUUAA